AUGCUUUGUCAUCGAGCGGCGUCAUACCGUUUGACCCAUGUCGUUUGUGCUUCCGGUCCUACGACAAGGCAAGUGCGCUGGCGACAGUGGCUGUUCCCACAAGCCACAAAGGGCUGGCGGCCUGAACGGUUUGAACAUGAAGGCCAAGCACUCCAGUUUGCAAGACAGUCAAAGCGCAUUCCCAUCUGGAAGCUGGGAUGGGCCACGUCCAUCUCAAGGAACUAUUUGGAGAAGGUGGAGCAGGGCGAAGCCAGGCUCCUGCCCGAGUGCCGUGAGGAGCUGGAGCGUGUGCUCGGGGUGCCGUUGAAGCGGCGGCGCAAAUCUCGAUUAGACAGAACGCCUUGA